AUGUUUUAUGAUGUAUCUAGACCAUUUAACGGAAAGCAGAAAUUUUUAGUAAGGAAACAUGGACUAGAAUAUGAAACUUACGGAGUGAUGCUAAACGAAAUCAGGCGUAUAAGGAAAGCUCGUCCAGACAUCAUCUUAAUUCUAUCAUUAGGAGGAGAAACGUACAUGAUAGAUAUUACAAAAGAUAUUGAUUAUAUGGACCAAAUAGUUAAGCUUGUGAAAGAUUUUGAUUUAGAUGGUGUAGAUAUUGACUGGGAACCACAUGGCAGCUUUAACAAUCUAAACGAACUAGACUUUUCAGAAUAUUAUAUUAAAUUAAUCAACUUAGUAAGAAGUAGUAUCCCAGAAGAGAAAAUAAUCUCCAUAUCAGGAUCAUCCAAUGCAGCCUUAUCAUGUGUAUCGGUAAAUGAAACAUUUUGCAAAGACGAUGACUCUCCAUAUAACACGAACUACUUGUCUCAACAAAUGGGUAAAAACGAAGAGUUAUACAAAGCAUCGACUAUGUUAUCUACAGGAACUUUUGUCAAUAUUUUUAACACAGCGAAGGAAAAAAUUGACCUUGUAUUUAUUCAGACGUACAACUUAGAAACGACAAACCCAAGUAUAAUGGUAGACAUGUAUCUAUCCCAUCUCUAUUUCGGAUUGAAAUAUAACAUCACAGUUUUGCUAGGAUUUUCAUUAGAACACAACCGAGGUGGGUUCAGCCCAGAUGAUAGAGCAUUAGUCGAAUUAGUAUCAAAAACGAUUCAUGACGAAAAUCAUAAGCACAAUCGAGCAGACGGAGUAGGAAUAUGGCACUUGUUCAUGAAAGAACAGUUGCCAUCUGGAUCAUAUGAUAUAGAUGCGUUCCUCACGAAUGUAUGGAAAAAUUUAAACCCCCAGGUAGAAGUACCAAAAGAUGUAGUUACAACUCAAAACCCUGAUGACUGUAACAGUAUAGAUGAAUAUGUUUCUGGACUUGUUGUGUCUAAAUCAGGCGUGUACUACAAGCACAAUGGAGCAAUAUGGAAAACUAGGUCAUAUUCAACCCGUGCUCCUGGUGUUGACAGAUAUGAAUGGGACUUGGUCAAAAUAUGUUAUGAAAAAGCGUGCAACGGAAAGGCGGCUCAUUACUUUAACACUGAUUAUCAAAAUGGAUCUAUAGUUAUAUGGAAAGGAGAAGCCUUCACUAUUAAAUGGUGGCAAUCUGGACCUCCUGAAGGCGCGGCGUUGGAAGCAUAUGAAAAAUUGGAAGCAUCCGAAUGUCCAGGACUCUCGGAAUGGAACGAGGAGCACCCACAUAAGCCAAUUGAGGAAGAUAUCCCCUAUGAGCAAGAGGAAGACGCGCCU